CAUGAAGACCCCAGCGACAAGACUUUCACUCCCAUUAUCGCCCUCUCACGGUACCCAUACAAGCUCAUCAAAGACGACAGCCUGGCCCAGCAGAUAGCCAGCCGGUUCUUCGACAAGAACCAAUUCUGGGCCCGAUCUUGGGACAUCCUGGGCUGUCGAUGCAUUCUACUCACCCCAGCCAGGCACGCCCGCCGCCUCCUCGGCGAGAUUAACCGCACCUUCAAGUGCACCCUCCAACUCCCGGCGGAGCGCGACAUGGGCCUAGUCCUCUCCUUCGACAAUGAUGCAUACCCGCAGCCGAAGUUCCUGGGAACCAGCACCAACCGGGAGGCCAAGGACCGUCUGCAAGCCCGUGUGCCACCCCCCUCCGAGCGCUACCUCGACCCCUGGAGAGACCUGGGCGACGAGCACAGGGAGCUAGCCGUUGCCUACGAGGCGAUGCUGGAAGCCGCCUGCGACGCCAUGAAGAGCAAGAGAAAGACCAACGCGGCCCAGAAGCAGCAGCAACGCAUGGAGCUCGAGCACCGGCACAAGGAGUCGCUGCUCCGCGCGCAACAGUACCUGGGGAUGCGUCCCGCGGGCACCAUCGACGAAUUCCUGAAAUACGCCCCAUUCAACAUGGACGCCGUGGCCCCAUUCGCGUUCUGGAAGGAUCCUAUCUUCGUCAGUGUGGAUGUGGAAUGGAACGAGCGCUGCAGUUCCCAGAUCACGGAGGUUGGCCUCUCGGUGCUGGAUAUGCGCAAGCUGCACGGAGUGCGGCCCUCUUCGAUGGAUGGGGUCAUUUGGCGCAGGGCCAUCCGGUCCCGUCACUUGCGCGUGCGCGAGUACAGUCAUCUUAUCAACAACGAGUUCGUGAGGGGCUGCCCGGGGGACUUUCGGUUCGGGACCAGUGAGUUCGUGGGGCUGGAAAACCUGAAGGGGGUCGUGCAGGAGGCGUUCCAGCAGGUGGCUGUCGCCGAGAAGAAAGAGGAUGAAUCGGAGGAUCGUCAUGUGGUGCUUGUUGGCCACAGUCUCGCCGCUGAUUUAGAACACCUCCGUAAAAUCGGGGUGACACUGGAGAUGGUGAAUGACCGCUUGGAUACUGCCGGACUUGAUUGCGCUAUGCAUGCCGAUCCGCAGCAGCAGCAGCAGCCGAUGCAACCCCGAUCCUUGGGGACGGUGAUGACAGAGCUGGGCUUGGAGCCGUGGCAUCUUCACAAUGCGGGUAACGAUGCGCAUUAUGCGCUGGAGGCGUUGGUGGCUAGUAUCCUGGGAUACAAGGCUGGCAAUUGA